AAAAUAAGUGGGUUCGCGCCAUUCCUGCAACGUGCCUAAACUUGCCUGCCAAAGGUGAAUACACGUGGAGUGCGUGAGGGUAGUAUUGGUAGUAUCGGCUGGCGUUUUUGCUCAUAUACUACACGCGGAAAGCCUGUCAUCCCAGUGAACACGACUGGCUUCAUGGACGAGGCAGGUACAACUAGUCGCGGUCGUCGUAGGCGACGCGAACUUGUAAACAACGACGAUGAAGCCACGACGGAGCGUCGUCGGCCUGUCAACGCGGCGAGCACGAAGAAAACGAGCGAAACUGGCAAAAACAGCGGAAAGAGAGGCUCAAAGAAAUCGAAGGACGUGAAGAAGCCGACCGUCAGUUCAAUUAAGGCAGCGCCGAAAAGGAAAGACAAUCUCGUGCAGUGCCUGAACAACAGUUUGUUGAGGGACGGAUCCAGCGACCAGCAACUUGGAAAGUUCAAGAGGCACCUGCUGGCUCGGGAAGUGCUGGGCUUCACACUGCCCACUCUGCCCAUGCCAGAGUUCAAGGAAUCGGCUCGAGUGACAUGUCUCCAAUGGCACCCAACUCGCCCAAACCUCCUCGCCGUGGGAUCCAAGAACGGCGAGAUUGUCCUCUGGAAUGCCUGGGACACCAAAAAGACUGCUUACACACCACCGACAGGUAGUGGCUCAGCUGUGGCAGCCAUCAAGUUCCAUCCUGAGAAUGCAAUGCAGGUGUACACCGCCACGCUGCUCAGCAAAGUAAUGCUGCAGAACUUUGAAGGAGGUGAACCUCAGGUGUUCUGGGACACUGAAUCCGAGAGGGUGUGGUUUACUGCCUUAGACAUUCUGCAUGAGAGGAAGAUGUUGUUAGCUGGAGACAAUAUGGGCUGCAUUUAUGCAUUCAACCCUACUGGCGAGUUGAUGUGGCCACAACCUAUUCGUUUCCAUAAGGGCAAGGUGAAGUAUAUGGAGUUCCUAGGACAAGGCUCAGAUCUACUUAUUACAGCAUCUGUGGACCAUACAGUUCGCAUCUGGGAUGUGCGCAAGCUGGGAGGUGCCAAGGACUUUCUCAUAGAACUGCCUCACACGCAGGGAGUGAAUUCCGCUUUUGUGAGCCCAUCGGACCGGAGCUCGCUGCUUACCACAGACCAAAAAAAUGAGCUGCGCGUGUAUCGAGGUCCUGCUUGGCAAGAGCCGCUGAUAAUACCCCAUCCACAUCGACAGUUCCAACACCUUACACCCAUCCAGGCGAGUUGGCAUCCCGUGGAGAACCUCAUUGCGGUGGGACGGUACCCAGACAAAAACUUCAGUGCCAACGACACUGUGCGUGGUAUUGACCUCUUUGAUGGCAGCACAGGAGAAUUCCUUGGAAAAGUGCAAGGAUCUUUGGACAUCCCCGGCAUCUGCUCGCUUGCUGCUUUCAGUUGCACGGGUGAAAUUUUGGCCACGGGUACAGGUUACCACUCAAUGAUCCUUCAAGCAGUAGCCGAAGAGUGAACAUCUGCUGCCUGAAGAUCCACCUCAGGGAUAUUUUAUUGAUGUUAAGCCAUUCGCAUGAAGUGUAAAUUUUUAACAUAAUGUAAAUAUUACAUUUUUCUCAAUUGUGCUACAUCUAUGUCUUGUUUUAUUGUCAUUUCUUUGGAAAGGAAUGUUGAGAUUAGACUGUGGCAAACCUACAAA